UGGUUACAUUCAGAUCGAAAAAAAAAAAAAAGAAUUGCCUGAGAGUCUAAACUCAGGGUAAAUUGCUCACGUCACAGUCAGGAAGCGGAAGUUGUCGACGUUUACAUCUAGCGUAUCCGGUUCGUGAAGGCUGCUCUCUCGGUGUGACGAUAAUAGACUGGGGCUGUAAAGAUUUCAUACCUCAAAAUGACAGAAGAGGCAGAGGGAUUAGCUUCGCUCUUCAACAAUGGAGACUCUUGAUUUUAAUGUAUUUUGUAUUUCGGAGCAAUGCUUUGUCAUUACUCCAGCUAAAUUUAGCAUAGCUGGCUAAACCGUCACAACCGAUCGGUCGCUGUCUUACUGACGAAAGAAGAAAACUGCCAAGCGGAGGAAAUAAUUAACUUGUUUCUACAAAACGGCGUCCGGAGUGCCAAUGGGAGCUUUUAAGGAAAUUAUCUUUAAAGGGACGUUGUCUUGAUUUUGGUUUAAGUUGUUCAAGAGAGUGUUUUAUCGUAAGUAACGAUGACGAGAGAAGUGACGGAUUCUUAAUGAUUAAUUUUUGUUCCGCUGGCCUGAGACUUCUACUGUUUACCGAUCCGUAAAAAGGCACCUUAAAACGAGAUUGUUUUUUCUUUUUACAUGUUAGGAUUUCUUUAUCAGAGGCGUUUCCCUCCCUCUGAAGGUAGUGGAGGUAACUAAGACCGGUGUUUUGCUGUCAACGUGUCUCGUGGGUUCAGGUGACAGCUGGAAAGGUAAAAAAAAAAAAAAAAAAGGAGCUAACACCGACCUGCUAACAGGACGUGGAACAGAGUUUACUACUUUUUCUUGGCACAUCUCUAGUAGAUAUUCCCGGAUAUCUUCUUACUUGAAACAACAACAUUCUUGCCUACCUUGAGUUUCCACUUGUAAAUUGUUUGUGUGCUCACUCAGGCCAUCUGUCCUGUUUCAGUUCAACACAUAGCUGAGCAGCAAGUUAGGGUAGAAGAUAUUAUCUGUUAUCUUGUAGUCAGAGACACAGGAACUUUUAGGCAUGAUCUCAUUUAAUAUAUAUCACUUGGAAGAUGUUCGUGUGCUUUUGUUCGGUUAGGGCAGUAAUUAUGGCUAAACAUUUACACAGCUGAAUUGUAGUUACAUGCUCACAUCAUCUCCUCACCACGCCACAAUGUCGCCUGUCUUGUUCUUACUGAUGCUGUUUGGAGCAAUAUGCAGCUUUGGAAAGCCUAUGACACGAGAGGAGAAGCAAAAGUUAAGGAACCAAGUGGUUGAAAUGUUUGACCAUGCAUAUCAGAAUUAUAUGGACCAUGCAUAUCCAGCAGAUGAGCUGAUGCCUCUAACUUGCAGAGGACGAGUACGUGGGCUCGAACCCAGUCGGGGAGAUGUGGAUGAUGCACUCGGCAAGUUUUCUCUGACCCUCAUAGACACUUUGGAUACUUUGGUGCUUUUAAAUAAGACAACAGAGUUUGAGGCUGCGGUGAGGAGAGUCCUGUCAGAUGUACGGCUGGACAAUGACAUUGUGGUGUCAGUCUUUGAAACUAACAUUCGAGUCCUCGGGGGUCUGCUGGGGGGUCAUUCCAUGGCUGUGAUGCUGAAGGAGGGCGAGCAGCACAUGCAGUGGUAUCAGGAUGAGCUCCUGCAUAUGGCCAAAGACCUGGGACUCCGACUGCUACCAGCCUUCAACACCAGCAGCGGCCUGCCUUAUCCCAGGGUGAACUUGAAACACGGUGUCAGGGGUCCUGAGACACGAACGGGCACAGAAACGGACACUUGCACCGCGUGUGCAGGAACCAUGAUUCUGGAGUUUGCUGCCUUAAGUCGAUUCACCGGGGACCCUGUGUUUGAGGAGCACGCCCGGAGAGCCCUGGACUUUCUGUGGGAAAAGCGACAGAGAAACAGCAAUCUGGUUGGAACCACCAUCAACAUCCACUCUGGGGAGUGGGUCCGAAGAGACAGUGGAGUCGGAGCAGGAAUCGACUCGUAUUAUGAAUACCUCCUAAAGGCCUACGUCCUCCUGGGAGAUGACGAGUUUCUGCAGCGGUUCAAUACUCACUAUGCAUCUAUAAUGAAAUAUAUCAGCCAGCCUCCUCUGCUGCUGGAUGUCCACAUCCACAAACCUUUGCUUCCUGCUCGCACCUGGAUGGACUCUCUGCUGGCCUUCUUCCCUGGUUUGCAGGUGUUAAAGGGAGAUAUCCGCCCUGCAAUUGAGACUCAUGAAAUGUUAUAUCAAGUGACCAAAAAACACAACUUCCUCCCAGAGGCCUUCACUACUGAUUUCAGGGUACACUGGGCCCAGCAUCCCCUGAGGCCUGAGUUUGCAGAGAGCACCUAUUUCCUCUAUAAGGCCACAGGAGACCCUUACUACCUGGAGGCAGGUCGCACCAUACUGUUCAACCUCAACCGCUUUGCUCGUGUGCCCUGCGGUUUUGCUGCCAUGAAGGAUGUGCGCACAGGGAGCCACGAGGACCGAAUGGACUCCUUCUUCCUCGCUGAGAUGUUUAAGUAUCUCUUCCUGCUGUUUGCUGAAGCAGAGGACCUUCCUUUUGACGUGGAGGACUACGUCUUCACAACUGAAGCACAUUUACUGCCUCUGUCGCUGUCCACAGCCCCGUACUCCUCAGCCCCUACCUCAAACAGAACUUCAGAUGAGGAGCUGGACGACUCCAACUUUGACUGGACUUGUCCAAACACUCGACUCCUGUUUCCCGACCCCGCCUUCCCUCGUAACUUGAGAGAGCCAAUCCGUAGCGCCGUUGAUAAAAGCUGCCCGCGUCCUGCCCCUUACAGGGAGCCUGGCAUGGGUCGUCCUCCUCUCAGGGCUCAGGACUUCAUGGCUAACAACCCUGAACAUCUGGAGCUGCUAAGGAGGAUGGGAGUCAGCCUCAUCCACCUGAAAGAUGGCAGAGUGCAGCUGGUCCAGCAUGCUACACAGGCGGUGAGCGCUGUUGCAGCAGAGGACGGCGUUCGAUUUAUGCAGGAGAUGAUGGAGCUGUCCAGCCAGCAGCAGAAAGAGCAGCUGCCUCCCAGAGCCAUCCAGAUCGUCUCGCAUCCGUUCUUCGGCAGGGUUGUGCUGACUGCAGGACCAGCACAGUUUGGCACAGACCUGUCCAAAAGUGCCACAGGGGUUCGAGGAUUUGUGACCGUGGCUGAACCUUACAGCGGCUGCUCUGAGAUCACUAACGCCGAGUACGUCCAAGGCCACAUCGCUUUGCUCCAGAGGGGUCAGUGCAUGUUUGCAGAGAAGGCCAGACACAUCCAGAAGGCCGGCGCCAUCGGAGGCAUCGUUAUCGAUGAUAAUGAGGGCAGCAGCAGCGACACAGCUCCACUGUUUCAGAUGGCCGGAGACGGACGCAACACCGACGACGUCACCGUUCCGCUCCUCUUUCUCUUCCACAAGGAGGGCAACAUCCUGCUGGAGGCGCUGAAGGAGUACAGAGAAGUGGAGGUGCUGUUGAGCGACAAAGCCAGGGACAGAGCAGCCAUAUUCAAAGGUAAAACUCUUCCUGGAAGCCUGAUUGAGGGCAGUGCAGACGUGCAAGAAGCAGAGGAGGACACUCGAACUGAAGCAACAACUCCCACUUCGUGUGAACCCGUUAGCCAGUCGCAAAUUAGCACGGUGGGGCUCGAUGAAGUUUCUCCUGCACGGGAGGAAGUCAGUCCUGUUGCUACUCCAGCAGAGGAAGCACCGCAAGAAGAAACGAGUAACAUGGAUGCACAAGCUGAUUCGGCUCAGCCUAAAGAGGAGGAGAGAGACUCUGAGAAAACAAAGGAGCCUGAAGGCGACACGGACUCGAGCAGCCAGUCAGUGGACGAGCUGCUGGCUGACUGGAGGGAAGACUUAGAGGCUUUCAAGCAGAUGGAGAAGGAUGAACUCUGAUGGUCAUUGCACACAUCAUAUUUUCAGCUUGUGGUUUCCACCCAGCACAGGGAGACAACUUGGAGCAGGAGUCACCAGUCUCCGCCUGAUGAACUUUGAGAAAGUUGCCAUGAAGGUUUCAUUUGUCUCUCUGUUAAAGUUAUGACAUGCAAAGGCAUCCCGCGCACCGUAUCUCUGGACCACAAAGAAGUCCUUGGGUAGACCGUGAACAAAGGACCAGGAUUCUCCUCGCCGUCUUCAACAGUUUCUGUCUGUGCAACAUAACAAACCCUACAGAUUAACUCGGACCAGACAGUAACCACACCUCCCUUUCCAAUCCCACUGCUCUAUGCAUUACUGACUUGGUCAAACUCUCACUCCUUAAUUCAUUGACCAGUUGAUUUUAUCCAAAUGUGAAGAUUAUUUGUGUUAUUUUAUUUAAUACUUUAAUGGUCUUGGGUCUAAUCUGAUGUACACAUUGAAAAUCAAUAGACUUUAUUGUGGGAGGGGUGGGGUUUGGUGAUCAAAAUUAUUUUUAUGAGCUCAUGGUGAACAAGAAACAACAUUCUUUCUGGAAUACACAAGAACUCGUGUGUAAAUAUUUAUUCAUCCAGAUGCAUAAACUGAACUAAUUCGGUGCUGUUUGCUCAGGUUCUGGUUUCCACCACAAACAACAGCAUUUGGACCAUGUUGGAGCAAAACACUCUGGAAUUUGUUGGAAUAAACAUCCACAGGGUGGCGUUGUCGGAUCUGUUUCUAGUGCUGCUGGCAGGAGCAGCGAUCA